ACCUACACUUGUUGUUGGGAGUUCCUUUGUUUAAAUUUUUUGGGAGCAAAUAAUAACAAAAAUGGCUGAGUUGAAAUCUGACAAUCUGCUUGAGAUGAUGAAGUUUCAUUUGACAACUGAUGCUGGUAAAAAGCUUACCAAGAAGAUUGGUCUUGUUUACCAACUCAAUAUUGCCCCCAAGAAAUUGGGGGUUGAUGAGGUUACUUACAUUAUUGAUCUCAAGAAAGGAGAUGUUAUCAAAGGUGAAUAUGAAGGAGGAAAGCCUGAUGUUAUAUUUUCAUUCAAGGAUGAUGAUUUUCUUGAGAUUGCCACUGGGAAGAUGAAUCCCCAGGUUGCUUUUAUGAGGGAGCUUGAGUUUAGCUCAGAAAUUCACUCCUGAUAUUUUCCCAAAGCCUGCAAAGAUGUGAACUAAGAUGAAGCUAAAGUGUGAACCAUGGAGGCCUCUAUAUGUAUGAAUCUUUUUCAUUAUCAUUGCUUUAUAUGUACUACUUUAUACCAUGUGUGAAAGCUUCUAUUUUACUAGAAUGAUUUGGUUGUAAUAAUAACCUUUUGUUUGUUGAACUAAAUAUGUUUUUGUUGGAUGAUUUAUCAUUAUUAUUA